UCAAAGUAGACUUUGAGAUGGGAUUUGCCCAGUUUGACGUCAGUGUGCCCCUUUAUCAGAACCUCCUUCAUUACUCCAUAGAUUGGAGGGUAAACGCGCUAAUGUGGAACUGUGAUGCCUUGGUGGCUCGCUUGAAUGCCGAGCAACCAGGUUUUAUUCCAUUGUCUGCAAUAAUCCCGUGGAUCAAAGAUCAUCACCACAUGGUGCUCUAAAUUGCGAUUCUCAACGUAUUCGUAUCUAAGACUACAUGCGCAAAUGCAUAUAAAUUAGGAGCAAUACUUACCCGUCCUCAUGGCUAUCAUCUCUACCUACUCUCUUUCUCAUAGUCGACUGUUCAACUGCACAAUGCUACCCUUUUUCAAUAUACCUAUAUUGUCCCUGGCAUUGGCCACACUCCCCCUAGCAUCCGCCACGCAGCAUUGCAAAGCCUCCCCUGGAGAUUCGACUUGGCCAUCUACCAAUGAGUGGAAUGCCCUGAAUCAGUCCAUCGACGGUACCCUUAUAAGAACGGCUCCUGCCGCUUCAUCAUGCUAUCCCGGCAACCCGUUUAGGUCCUCUGAGAAUUGCACAGAUGUGAAAAACCACUGGUCUUAUGCUGCGUACCAUGCGGCUUGGCCUGAAAGUGUCGACUAUUCUAUGUAUGCGAAUAACUCGUGUUUGCCACCCGGAGUUACCGGAUACUCGAAAGAAAAGGGAUGCAGUAUCGGGGGUUUGCCACAGUAUAUUGUGAAUGCUACAACUGAAAAACAUGUUGCUACGGCCAUGAAAUGGGCUUCAGAUAGAAAUAUUCGCAUUGUCGUGAAAGGAACCGGACAUGAUCUCGGCGGUCGCUCCACCGGCGCCUUUGCGCUUUCUAUCCUGACGCGCAACUUCAAGCAUAUCGAAAGACAGCCUAGGUGGCGAGUGCCCGGGACCAACAGUACUGAAGAUGUGGUUGUAUGUGGUAGUGGAAACAACUGGGGUACCGUCUAUACUGCCGUUCACAACAUGAACCGAACAGUUGUCGGUGGUGAGGACGCCACGGUCGGUCUAGGUGGUUUGAUCCAGAACGGAGGACAUGGUCUUCUCUCAAGUCACUAUGGUCUUGCCUCAGACCAAGUCUUCCAAGUAACCGUGGUAACAACCGACGGCCAACGCCUGGUUGCCAAUGAUGUUCAGAACCAAGACAUUUUCUGGGCCGUUCGUGGUGCUGGCGGAGGUCAGUAUGGGGUCGUCACGGAGUUCGUCUUGAAGACACAUGCAGUCCCAGCAAAUGUUGUCAGCGGUGGUUUCUCAUUCCAUCCCCGCGGAAACUCGACCGCUACCGGAAACGCGUCCUGGGGUGCUUUGGCUGAAGUGGUGGCUCGCAUUCCCGACUUGAUGGAUACUGGAAUCAUGGGAACUGUGACAGGCUUCAACAGAAAGAAGGCAGUGACAUACCUGGGACUGAAUGAAGAGCUACCUGGAGCUUCGGGAAUGGUCAGCUUCACUGCGUUCAACAUGACGACCCAGCGCAUGAAUGCCACCCUUCACAAACUUGCGGCCCAUCUUCACCCCGAGCAUGUGAACAUCACCAUCCAGCCAGUGUCUUCCCAGAGUUACUGGUCCUCCACAAAGCCGAAUUUCCGGGCAAGCGCCGCCGCCGGCUCCUCUAGCCUGAUGACGAGCCGGCUUCUGGGCAGACGGGAGCUUUCCAACAUUACUAGAGAAAGCUUGGCCACGUAUCUCCAAGAUAUCAUGAUCUCUCAGGAACCUAGUGCAGGCUCAAUGCUUUUGUUCGGUCUCCAAGGAGGAAAGGGACCUGCUCAUACUCCUGAGUCGCGACGUGGAAGUGUGCACCCUGCUUGGCGUACAGCAUAUGCCCACGCUAUGGUCUACAGUGCUUCUUUGAAUGAUACUGGAAAUCCUAGUCAAGAGUUGAAGGCCGCAUCGGACUGGAUUAACGCAGCCCAAGAAACUGUUUGGCAGAGAUGGGCCCCUGAGAGUGGCUCCUAUAUGAACGAGGGCAAUCCUUUCAGCAUCAACUGGAAACGUGACUUCUAUGGAGACAACUAUGAUCGCCUUCUGGAGGUUAAGCACAAGUAUGACCCCAAUGGUAGUUUGUUUGUUUGGAGUGGGGUUGGAAGCGAUGACUGGAACUAUGAUUUGAACAGUGGUCUGUUGUGUCGCAUUUAGGAAGCUACGUUGAUAGCUUCUUUUCUUUAGCAGUGAAGGUGUUGGAUUAUUUGAGUUGGGUGAUUCCCGGUAUUCUGCGGGUUGUAAGAGGGCUGAUGGCAAAGUGCACAUCGUCAUACAAG